UUUAGCACAAAACCCCACCUUUUGUUCAACGACCUACUUAGGUUCCUAUGUCAACAUGCCUCUCUCCAGGACAGCAACGGCAGAUUCUUACCUCACAGCCGAAGACCGUCUGCAAUGGCGAAACGAGCAACCCAUGGCUUCUCCUUUCGUAGACCCAAACAAUACGGACACGAAUCCCUUUGAUAGGCACUACGAGCAAGAGCUGAGUAAAAGGCAGGCCAGAGAGGCCGAGGAUACCCAGUGGGGCGGGAAUCGUCAUAGCUUCGAGGAUACUCCUCCAGAUACUGAGCACGAGAGCGACGGUGCCGCUCAUAACGAGCAUCACCGCGAUGCAGAGAAAGUUGGGGAAGAAGAGGCGGCGAGCGAGGAGAACUCUGGAGAGGAGAAGAUGAGUUGGAGAGAACGGACUCGGCAUUUUACUUGGACAUGGUUCGCCAUGACUAUGGCGACGGGAGGUAUCGCGAAUGUCUUCUACACCGUCCCAUAUCGUUUCCCGGGUAUUUACGCGUUGGGAUGUCUCUUCUUCAUCCUUAACAUGGUUCUCUUCGUCUUCAACGUAACUAUGAUAUCGCUCCGCUUCUACUGGUUUCCGAAAACCUUCAAGGCCUCUUUCCUCCAUCCCACCGAGAGCCUGUUCAUACCCGCUGCUGUGAUAAGCUUCGGCACCAUCCUGAUCAACAUGAGCCAAUAUGGCGUCGGCAAGAGCGGGUUCUGGCUCGAGAAGACAAUGUGUAUACUCUACUGGAUCGACUGCGGCCUAGCCAUCUGCUUCUCCAUUACCAUCUACCUCAUCGUUUGGUCAACCCAAACCUUCACAAUCUCCCAGAUGACGCCCGUUUGGAUCUUCCCCGCCUAUUCGCUCCUAAUAAUCGGUCCCCACGCAGGUAACCUCGCACCAAAAGUAACCUCCCCCCACACAGCCCUCCAAAUCAUCCUCUCAGGCUUCGUCCUGCAGGGCAUAGGUUUCAUGGUCUCCCUCAUGGUCUAUAGCGCCUUCAUAUACCGCCUCAUGACGCAGAAAUUGCCCAAGGAAUCGCUUCGUCCGGGAAUGUUCAUCUCGGUCGGACCCUCUGGUUUCACCAUCGCAGGCAUCGUCAACAUGGGCCAGGAACUCCCCAAGAUCAUGGCCACGCCCGAAUAUGCUAAUUUCAUGGGGGAGGGACUGGGCAAACUCGUCGGGGAUGUAGCCAUGAUCUGCGCUAAUUUCGUGGGACUGUGGUUGUGGGGUCUAGCCUUAUGGUUCUUCUUCGUCAGUGUGGGUGCGCAUUGGAGUUGUGCGACUAGGGGUAAAAUGGAUUUUGCAAUGACGUGGUAUUCGUUUGUUUUUCCAAAUACGGCGUUGACGACGGCGACGUUUGCGAUUGCUAAGGCGUUGGAUGGGAAUGGCGCGAUCCAGGCUGUAGGGUGUGCUAUGACGAUUGGAUUGGUGAUCACUUGGUUGUUUGUGUUUGGCAUGAUGAUUCGGGCUGUGUUGUUGAGGCAGAUUUUGUGGCCGCAGAAGCAGGAGGAUAGAACCGAGGGUGGGUGGAAGGAGCAGUCGGCUGAGGAGCAGAGGAGGAAGAAUAGAGAGAUGCAUGCUGAGGAUGGGAAUGGACUUGCGAGGGUGUGGACGCUGAGGAAGACGAGGAGCCGGAGGGGGAGACCUGGAGAGAGCGACGCAGCACCGGACGCGGGUCAAACGCGGAGGCGUGGGUGGAGCUUCCGUGAGAAUACGACACAUAGAGCAACUUGA